GGCGGAAGGGAACACAUCAAGCUUCAGGGGGUUAGUUGACUUUUCCUUCUUAUUUCGGCGGCUGAGGCGACACGGCAGCAGCCACAAGCUGUGGCGAGAUGGACGGCGGCGGCGGGUGGAGGAAGGCGAUAGAAGGUGAGCUGGAGAGGCUGAGGGCGGAGAGGAAGGAGCUGGACGGCCGCAUACGGCUGCUGGAGUCGCAGCUCGAGGCCAAGUCUGUGGCUCCCGCUUCGACUGCGGGAGAGGGCAGGGCGGCGGCGGCAGCAGCGGGAGGAGUAGGAGGCGGCGCAUACGGCGGGAUCGCGUGCUCAAGCAUCCGUGGCAACGGUUUUGCGCCGGCCGGUGGGCUACCGGCUGAUAUGAUCUAUCGGUACAGCCGCCACCUCCUCCUCCCAGACUUCGGUAUCGAAGGUCAGCGGAAGCUGUCGCAGUCGUCGAUUUUAGUGGUCGGCGCCGGAGGUUUGGGCUCUCCUGUGGCAUUGUAUCUAGCAGCGUGUGGCGUUGGUUGCUUGGGCAUUGUGGAUGGUGAUGAUGUUGAACUUAAUAACCUUCAUCGACAGAUAAUCCACAAAGAAGCAUAUGUUGGACAACCAAAAGUGAAAUCAGCGGCCGAUGCUUGCCGUGAGAUUAAUUCCUCUAUCAAGGUGGUAGAGCAUCAUCAUACUUUGAAGCCAUACAAUGCUUUGGAGAUUGUGCGGAAAUAUGAUAUAGUUGUUGAUGCAACUGACAACCUUCCUACAAGGUAUAUGAUCAGUGAUUGUUGUGUUCUGCUGAACAAGCCUCUUGUAUCUGGUGCAGCAUUAGGUUUGGAAGGGCAGUUGACUGUUUAUCAUCAUAAUGGAAGUCCAUGCUAUCGGUGCCUCUUUCCAAGUCCACCACCAGUGGCAGCCUGCCAGAGAUGCUCAGAUAGUGGUGUUCUUGGGGUCGUUCCGGGUGUGAUUGGCUGCCUACAAGCUCUGGAGGCUAUAAAAGUUGCAGCUGCUGUUGGUGAACCUCUAUGUGGGAGAAUGUUACUAUUUGACGCACUAUCUGCUCGUAUUAAAAUCGUUAAGAUCCGUGGAAGCUCGCCAGCUUGCACCAUUUGUGGCGAGAAUUCAGUUUUCACACAAUAUGAUUUUCAGAAGUUUGAUUAUGAGAACUUCACGCAAUCACCAAUGUCUGAUAAGUCAGCGCCAAGUGUGAACCUACUUCCAGAGAGCGCGCGGAUCACUUGCAGAGAUUACAAGAAACUGGUUGAUAGCGGCAAACCUCAUCUACUGUUGGACGUUCGACCUGCGCAUCACUUCCAAAUAACUUCGAUUUCCCGGUCUCUGAAUAUCCCACUCUCGGUGUUGGAGGAGAAGCUGCCUAUGCUUCAAACAGUCUUACUGAAGGACUUAAGGGAGGCAUCAGUGUCGGAUGAACUGUCUCCCUUAUACGUCGUGUGCAGAAGAGGCAAUGACUCGCAGAGAGCUGUCCAGCUUCUCCACGAGAAGGGGUUUCUUUCUGCGAAGAACAUAAUCGGCGGCUUGCAGUCGUGGGCACAAGAUGUCGAUCCUGAUUUCCCAGUGUACUAGUGAAACGGAUGUAACAAUUGAAUGGCCGGCACAUUUGUAACAAUUGACGGCUUGUGGGGCUGAGUUGCUAUUUAUCUCAGCUGAAGAUAUGCUUGGCUUUUUUAGGUAGUACCAUGUAACGGUUUGGAUACAGUCACAGGUACUGCUGUUGCAAGAACCGUAACUAUGAUUACUUUCUCUUGAGUACACUUAAACAUUCAUUA